UUAGUUUGAGCCAUGGCCUCUUCCCCAAUGAUGUUGUUUCUCAUUACUCUGCUGAUGUCAUCAAUGCUCACUGAAGGAAGGGUCCUGACACAAACUCAGAAUGAAUCCAUCAUAUCUACUGAGCGCAAGACAAAUGUCAAGACUGGCGUGGACAAGGUUGACUGCCCAUGUGAACUAAAUAUCAAAGAUAGCUUGGAGAGUAAUCUUUGUGCACACCAUCAAUACAGAACAGCAUUUGAAGACCUGACCAAUGCUAACCUACACAAGUUAGACCGGUCUACACUCUUGAAUUCCCUGAGAAAAUGUUGUGAUUACAUGAACCAAGGGAACUCAAUUAACUUCAGUAACAAAGCCCAUAAGCUCCACAGGAACAGAGACCAACAAGAAAAUUUGUUAUUCUACCCUUUGGAAGAAUGCAUAAACUUAGCAAUAAUAACUAUGCUUCUCCGUUAA